UUUCAAGGAGAUCAAGGAUAUUUAUUCAUAGUAAUAGUCUACUUAGGUGAAGACCAGAUUGUUCAGUGGUUUGUCCAGAUAGCAAUGGCUUAAUUACAGUACAUGCAUGAAAAACAUACAUUACAUCGAGAUCUCAAAACCCAGAAUAUUUUCCUAACAAGAAGUAAAAUUAUUAAGCUUGGAGAUUUAGGGAUUGCUAAAGUGUUAGAAAAUUCAUCUGACAUGGCCACAACACUGAUAGGAACUCCAUAUUACAUGUCUCCCGAACUGUUUUCAAAUAAACCCUACAACCAUAAGACACCUCCAUUAACUAAACAAUACAGUGACGACCUGUGUUCGAUUAUAAAGAUCAUGUUGGACCAGGAUCCUUACCAAAGACUUAGAGACAUCCUUCUAUAUCUCAUUUGCUAUUUUCGAGAUCUUAAAUAAACCUUGACAUUUAAGCUCA